UCAACACGAUGUGGCUGGUGUGUUAGCUUUGUUUGAAGUCCCUUUGAGACGUGCAACAGCUGCUGUUCCAGUCCAACCGCAUUGUUCUAGUAACACCGUCCUUCUGUUGAUCGGGUUAUCUCGGAAUUCGUUUGAGUGCACCGUUGCCUGGAGAGAAGCUUCGAGGCAAAUGAACGAACCAAGUCGUCAUGGAAAAACAAAAGAUAUUCCGAGAUGAAACGCAACAAAAAGGGAACGACAAUUCAUUCAAAACACUGUCCAGAAAAUGGAAGAUAUGUAUCAUUCUCCUAUUUUUGGUGUGCCUCGUAUUGUUGAUCGUCGUUAUCACAUUAGCAGUAAGAAAUAACUCGAAGGGAACAGAUAGACACUCGGCAAACCGUGCUUCUACAUCGUGCACUUCGCCUUUCAAGCAGAACCUUAAAAUGGAUGGGGAGCCCAACAUCUUUCAAGAUUUAACUGAAGGCGAGCUAACAGCAGUCCACAAAUACCUUCAAGAACAAGCAUCUCUCAACCUUACAAUAUUUGAAAAGGCAACAUUAAACGACAACUUUGUUUAUGGUGUUGAGCUGUUCCUCCCAAACAAGGACGAUGUCUUGAAGUACCUUGACAGUGGUGGCUCAAAACCUCAGCGUCGAGCAAGAGCGAUUGUUUUUCACGGGAGCGCUAACGAACCGUUCGUCAGAGAAUACAUCGUUGAAAAUCUACCAAAGCCAACCACACAUAAAAUUCUCAAACUUGACAAUCGGAAAGAAAAGAUUCCGUACUACGGUAGACCAUUCACGUUCAUCGAUGCUAAACAUAUGUUUCCUGUCAUAAAAAGAGAAACUGAACAACUUUAUCCGUUGCUUAAAGAAAGCUUUGGCAGCUGGAUCCACAAUUGUUCGGACCAUUGCUUACAUUGGUUCGCUAUUGGUGAACCAGGGAAAAACGAAGUUGGAAAAAGAUACAGCUGGGUGAUGUUUAACCGUCGUUAUGAUCGGCAGUUGCAGUAUCUUAUGUUGGUUCCGCUUCAAAUGCUCUUUGAAUACUCAGAUGUUAACAACAUGAAACUGAUUGAGGUCGUUUAUUACAAUCAAAAAUUUCAAAGUACAAAGCAACUGAUGGCAAAGUAUAUAGCCGGGACAUUGAAAGUUGUUCACGUUCCCAAGCCAAAUAAAACUGAGCUUCUAAGAACAUCCAUCAAAAGAAGAGGCCCGAAACAACCAUCGGUUCCAUUGCGUGGCCCAACACUGGUUGAACCUAAUGGGAAAAGAUUCUCUGUACAGGGAAACAAAGUUUCUUAUAUGAACUGGCAACUGGAAUAUGGGAUACGUGCAACUGGAGGCCUGGGCCUCUUUGACGUCAGAUUUCAAGGCAAAAGGAUAGCAUACGAGAUAAGCCUUCAAGAAGGUACCGCUUUUUACUCAGGAUUUAGUCCACUUACGUCGAAUAGACAUUACAUUGACUCCACGUGGGGAAUGGGCACAAGCAAUACUUAUCUAAUGGAGGACAUUGAUUGCCCAUCAACGUCAGUAUUUAUUGACAGUACCCAUUUUAUAAAAACAAGUACUCCUGUCAAAAAUAAACAGUCAAUAUGUAUAUUUGAAACAAACACUGGUACGCCAUUAUGGAGACAUUUUGAGAUCGAAAUCAACAAGCAGUCAACAAAGAUAGAUGGGGCGCGCUUUCAAGGAGGAAUGGCGGGCCAUUCUCUUGUUAUAAGAGUCAUAUCAACUCCGUUUAAUUAUGAUUACAUAUUCGACUAUAUAUUACAUCAGUCAGGAGUCAUUGAGGUACGAGCAACUGCCUCUGGUUACAUCCAGCCUGGCUUUGCAACUGAAGAAGAAAAACAGUAUGGCUUUGUAAACUUCGUCAAUGCUAUCGGGACAAUACAUGAUCAUUACAUGCUUUAUAAAGUCGACCUUGAUGUCGCUGGUGUAAAAAAUAGUUAUCAAACUGUCGAUGUAAUUGCUCGCAAUGUUAGUUAUGAAUGGGAAGACAAUACAUACCGAAUAAAGAAGCAAAUAGUCAAGGAGAAGAAAGCCCGAGAGAAAGAUGCAGUUUUGAGAUACGAUUUUCAAAAACCAAAGUACUAUGUUUUUAUGAAUGAAAAUGAAAAAAAUGCAUAUGGAAACUCAAAAGGAUACAGGAUUGACAUUCAAAACAAAGUCAAACAGUUAUACACUGAUGAUUACUAUAUUACCAAAAGCUGUGCUUGGACCAAGUACCAAAUGUCUGUUACGAAGCGUAAAGAUCUGGAGCCGUUUGGAUCCUCAAUAUACAACCAGUUCACGUUCUCAGACCCUGCUGUCAAUUUUGAUACCAUGCUGAAUGACAACGAGGCGAUCGAGAAUGAGGAUCUGGUUGCAUGGGUCAACAUUGGCGGAUUGCACAUUCCAAAUACAGAGGACAUUCCCCUGACUACUACAGUUGGCAGCUCUUAUGGCUUCCUGAUCAAACCAUUUGGAUAUUUUGACGAAGACCCAAGCCACGGCUCCACAACCUCUGUUUUAGUUGAUAAAGCGGCAGAUGGCAAGUACGAUAUAAAGACCUACGGUACGCCUGAAACGUCGUCUUGCCCUGUUCCAAAGCGAAAAACUUGGAUGUAAAUUAUAGGCAUGAACUAUGAUCAUCAUUUUUUCUAUACAAAGGGACAUUAUCCUAGUUUUUAAUCCUAGUUUAUGAAGUAUUUUCUCGUCACCAUAGUUGGCAUUAAAGGCAUUGAGUCAUGAUAAAUAGACUGGGUAUACCCUAAGUGCCAAAAUCCGCUGAGUCAUGAUUUUCAUGACUGCGAUGCUAUUGGUUGACCUUGAACUGGUCACAUGAACUCACCUCGUACUGAUUAACAUAACAGUUUCCAUCAAUAGCAAGUUGUCAACAACGGAUGCCAAUAUCACAUGAAACAGCAGCGAUCACGCCGAAACCAAAUGACCUCCUAUAGAGAAAACCUAUUUACCAUGACUCAAUGCCUUUAAGGGUAUCUGCUUCUAAUUUUGACGCUUUGCAGUAGCAUUAGGCUUGUUUACUGACUUUUUCACCUUGUAACAUUUGGACCAAAUGGAUGGCAGAUCAACUACCAGAAAGAGAGAGAGCAAAGGUAUCAGAGCAAGCAUUGUUGAAAAUAACAAGGGGAUAGGAAGUUAUAGAGAACUAUGAUCGCCUACGUCCUCACAGGGCACGGUAAUUCUUGGGAUAACAAUCUCUGAUUUAUACUCUAUGGAAUCUCUGAAAAGCGAAUUGUCAUUUGAGAUACACUUUCCCAUGAACAUGAUUUGUUAUCAGUUAUUUGGAGAGAAUGUGUGAGCUUAAAAGGCUCUAAUGCUUUGUACCAUUUUGUUUGUUGUCAAUGUGUUUGAAAUACAAAUUUAACCAGAAAAUAUCAAUUAACAUCUGCAGUUGCAACAACAGUAACUUUUUCUAA